UUCCUCUCAAAGCCACAAAAAUCCGUUAAACAGAUUCUAUCUUCAUAAAUCAUAAAAUCUUCUUUAACCAGCCAUUAAUGGCUGUUUAACACCCCCUUAAUAUCUCCCUUCACCACCAUUAAUGCCGGCAGGAUGGCCUAUUGGAGCUUAACCCAUUUCUCACUCCUCAUUGGCCUCCUGUCUCUCUCAUCCUCCCCACCGUUAACUGCCGUUACCCUCCCGCGCAAACUCUCUCAAAAUGUCAACGUUUUCCGUGAAGCUCCGGCCUUCCGUAACGGUCAACCAUGCGGGUCAUCGGUCAACGAUACAAUCCAUCUAGCAAUGACCCUUGAUUCGAAUUAUCUUCGUGGUACAAUGGCUGCCAUUUUGUCGAUUUUGCAUAACUCGGGUUGCCCCGAAAAUGUGGUGUUUCAUUUCUUGUGGCUUAGGUUUGAUCAGGAUAUUAAAACUAGCAUAAAGACUACGUUUCCUUAUCUUAAUUUUAAGUUGUAUCGAUUUGAUUCGAGUUUGGUUCAAGGGAAGAUAUCGAAAUCUAUACGUGAAGCGCUUGAUGAGCCGUUGAAUUAUGCGCGAAUUUAUUUGCCGGAUAUUAUUCCUAAGCAUGUUAAACGGAUCAUUUAUCUUGAUUCGGAUCUUGUUGUCGUUGACGAUAUCGAUAAGUUGUGGCGAGUUGACUUGGGGAACAAGGUACUCGCUGCACCGGAAUAUUGUGAAGCAAAUUUCACACAAUACUUCAACGAUAAUUUCUGGAACGAACCCGAAUUACAGAAGAUAUUCGAAGGGAAAGAGCCGUGUUAUUUCAACACGGGUGUAAUGGUCCUAGACGUAGAGAAAUGGCGGGAAGGCGGGUAUCUUCAAAAAGUUGAAGAGUGGAUGGUGGUACAAAAACAGAAAAAGAUUUAUCAUUUGGGAUCUUUGCCACCAUUUUUGCUAGUUUUUGCUGGGAAUAUUAAACCGGUUCACCAUAGUUGGAACCAACACGGGUUGGGUGGUGACAACAUUGAAGGAAAAUGCAGGAGUUUGCACCCGGGUGCAAUAAGUUUGCUGCAUUGGAGUGGUAAAGGUAAACCAUGGUUAAGGCUUGAUUCGGGGAAGCCGUGUGUGGUUGACCAUUUAUGGGCUCCGUAUGAUCUUUAUCGUUCGUCAAGAUCCAAACUUUCCUUUGAAUAUUGACAUUGUUCACCAAACUGAUCAAGAUGAUUUCUACGCCAAAAAUCAUGAACUUGUUCGGUUUUGGGUUAGUUUAGAAAUGCGAAGGUGAACGAGAAGAGGGUUUACGGUUAGAUUUUGCAACAUAAGAAUGGAAAGUGAGGUUAACAGCAAAUAUGUCAUGUUUAUCAUUAGUAUGAACAAAAAGCACAACCACAUUUGAGCAUACAUAGAUAAUUUGUUUUAGGUAUGAUGUUUAUACCUUAAUCUUGUUUUAGUCAUUGUUUUAGAUUAGUCAGAUUUCUAGGAACCCCAAACCCAUCUUUGUUGUACAUUAAUUUGAUUUGUUUCCCUGCAAAUUUGAUUAAGGUAGCUAUGUUCUUUAGUCAGUGAAAUUCAUUUUAUAGUAAG